GAGGUGUCAGCUUACCUUCCUGUGGUCAAAAUGUGUGACAAGCCUGACCUGUCUGAAGUGGAGAAGUUUGACAAAAAGAAGAGGAAGAAAACCAACAUGGAAGAGAAGAACACCCUUCCUUCCAAGGAGACUACUGAACAGGAGAAGGGAUGUGGGAAGACAUCAUAGAGAUGGCCCAUGAUGUGAAGCGUCCGUUCUCUCUUCCUUACUCUUGUUUGCGUUAA